UCUACACGUUCAAGUUGAACUUCAACCUCAUACUGAAUGCUAUCCUCGCUAUCGGAAUACUGAGAAAGGUAUAUGAUUCGUUGAACAAAGACAGCAUAUAUUGUUAGUGUUGAUAUCAUGAAGUGCGUACAGGCUUCUAAUCUCCGGAAUUGACGUAGAAAGCUAGUAAGUACUGUAUUGAUUCUUUAUGCGAGUGUGAAACCUUGUUCCUUUUGUUUACGAAACUGCAGCAUUGUAUAUCAUCACGCUCGAUUCAGCGUCCUUAGGAGAUUCAAAGUAAUCCUUAUUACAUAUCUUGCCUGUGUUCCGGCUACAACCAGUCUGAGCCACUCGUCAAAGGUUCAUUAUAGCUUGGGCCACUCCGUGUCACAUUCUUACGGAAACUCUUACAUUGUCCUGGCCAAAGUCACGUGUGUGGCAGUCACGUAUAUAUCUGUAGGACCCUCCGCAAAAAUGGGACUCUUCAACUCUUUGUUGUUCCACAACUACCUACCUGGUGACUGCCACCACUCCAACACUUGUCACAGCCACUUCUACUCUCUUGCACUUGAUACAGACUUCGACGCCGACUUCGAUAUCAUCAUGGAUGACGCGACACUCCCCCAAGACGUCGAAAUGCACGACGAGGCACGCGACACAGUCGCACCACUGAGCGAAACAGAGGAAAAGAUAAAGAAACAGAGACGAAUUUGUAGCCGCCAAGUUACCUCCGUUGAGGAACCACGAGUCACUCCCGACUCUGACGUACCGGGUUUCAAAAAGUCUAAAUCUCUACCGAUGAAGACUCAGAAAACACCUCUAAAACCAUCACUGAGUGCCAUCGAAAUGGACGAUGGUAUCUGUGACCCAGAGUUGAGGGCCUUCAUCCAGACAGAAUUCAAGAGAAAUGUCAUUCGAGACUACCCCGUCAUCGAUUUCAUUUCUCGCGUGUGGGACACAACACCAUCUCAGAUACCCCAUGGUGACUACGCACUCACACAGGAGCGCUGUUUAAAGUAUCUCGGGGCUGGAAGAUAUUCGAAGAGGUCCAAGUUGAGACGAUUAGGUGAAGAUGGUCCCCCGCUCAUCGAACUUGCUGGAAGAGGCGAGACUCGUGCAUGUGCUGCAUUCCAGGAGCUGUUUGAGACGACGGCCUCACUGGUUAGGGAUCAAUGGAAUCAGCAGGAUCCUACGGCUGCACAGGAGAUCGAGAGGACCCGUUUCCAAGGCACUCUCCGUUUUCUGAAUGAGAAGAUCGUGCAAGGGAAUUACGCGAAUAUCAAACCCGACUUUGGCUAUGUAACGGAGAACGGUGAGAAUACGGACGCGAUUGCCUGGGACGCAUUUGGAUUAUUCGGUGAGCUGAAGAAGGUGGAUGACGCAGUAAACAAAGCAGAACGUGUCAUCAUUGACAGAUCAAUGCUAGAUCAAGAGAAGGAGGAACUGUAUACCCCCCUUUGCAAAGGCCGGAAACGCUCGAAGCCGGAUUCUGCAGUCGAAGAGGGGCCAUCAUCAAAACUUCGAAAGUAUAAUUCCGAUUCCGUGCUGACUGAGAAACCUAAACCGGACGAAGAUGUCCCUGCAAAACCAUCGGCGGGGAGACCGACUCCGCAGCAGAUUGCAUUCCUUAGGUUCAACCAGGACGAAGACGAAAAUUGUCCAGAAUUCACCAACAACGAGACACAGGCUGCAAAAUACCUUAAUGAGCUCCUCUCACAUGGAGCUCGCAUCUAUGCGACUGGAUUCCUCGUCGAGAACCAGAAGAUCAGUCUCUGGUACGGCGACCGUUUCGGAAUCAUCAAGUCCCGACUGUUUAAUUUUAUUGAGGAGCCUCACUAUUUCCUCCUCAUGGUCACUGCCAUAAUGCGUGCAUCCGACGCCGACCUUGGAUUUUGUCCUCUUAUCCGCAAUGUCCCUCGUAACCACCUAUCGCAUGAGGGCGCCACUUUCAAGGUUCCUGCAGCUCGCAAUCACAAGAACAAGUAUAUUGGCGACGUAGAAUUCGAGGUCAGUACCACGGAGGCGAAACCGAUCGUUACAGCCUACGGUACCGUUGGACGUGGCACAACAGUCGUCCCUAUAAUUUCGGUUGCUCAGAAGGACCGUAAGCGGUUUGGGAAGAGACGACUCGUUGCGAAGAUGUCCUGGCAGCCUGUGAAACGGGAUGAAGAGGGCCAUAUCCGGGCUAUUCAUCGAGCGCUGAAAAAGAGCAAAAAUGAAGAUGCACAUGCUGCUCUUGCAUACAUCGUGGACCUCAAAUGUUCGUCGAAGCUCGCCAUCAACGAUCCGAACAUCAAUCUCCCUCGAGCGUUCAUGACUCAACUGCCUGAGACUGCGGACGAUGAGAAGCGAGAUUUCCGCAUCCUCAUUUUGAAAGAGUACGUUCCACUUGAAUUUAUCGAUACGCCGGACGAACUAUUGAAAGUAUUUCGCGACGUCGUGACGGGCCAUCAUUGGGCUUGGACCAUCGCGCAAAUUCUUCAUAGGGAUAUCAGUGUCUCCAACAUAAUGUUUUAUUGGAAAAGAGGCUGCAUAAUCGGUGUCCUAUGUGAUUGGGACCUUGCUGAAACGAAGGAAUAUAUUGGCGAGGAGCCUGAGCUAGCUGUUGACAGAGGGAAAUAUGAAGCAUUUGGAAGACUGAUGCAGGCCGCCUGGGAUAGGAAGGCUGCUAACGCCUGCAAGAAUACUGCUACCGCGAUGAAGACGAUCUCUCCUCCGGCUCCUGAAGCUCAGAGGCCCGCGGUCGAGGUAACCUCUGGCUGCGCGAAGGAUCAACCCAGCGAAGAUAGCAUCCAUGAACUCGAAGAUGAUGGAAGUACCCGCCGCCGCAAGGCCAAGUAUCGAACUGGUACGGGACCUUUUAUGGCGAUGGAUCUACUUGCUCCGGGCGCUGCUCCUAUACAUCUUUAUCGUCAUGACCUGGAAUCGUUUUUCUGGGUCCUCGUUUGGUUUGUCGCCACACACAAUCCAGUUGCUCAUACCCUUGGCCGUAUCAACCAAUGGCAAGGCUCCAACCUGGAGGCUGUAUACGGUUCCAAACUAACAUUCCUGCAAGAUUUCGAGAUGGGUGCUGAGAAAGUGUUGAAGAAGCGAAAUAGGCAGUAUGACACGUUGUGGGAGGAUACCAUCGAACCGCUGCAAAGAAAAUUCCGUGACGUGCAACGAAAGGGUGCCAACUUGAGGGACCUCCAGUCGGAUUAUAUCGCAUAUCACCAUGGGAAAAAUAAAGCUGCUCAACUGAAGGAACUUGGUGACAGGAUUAUUCGUAAAGUUAGAGCUAGGAAUAGUUUAGUCUCUUACGAAGCAUUGCUGUCAUUCUUGUGAUUCAUCAUAGCACUCACUAUUUUAUCAUUAUUAUAAUUGUACGGAAUCUUUUGCAUCAUUCAUCGCUUCAUUACUUCAACGCCAAGUCUGGUGUAAAUUAACUCAUACCUUCAGAACAAGAUGUAAGAAUAUCCUUG